AUGGCGGAGGCAGAGAACUUAAGUGCACUGCCGCUGUUCGACAAUUGGUACGGAACUGCGGCUGAUUGUUGUGACGAAUAUCUCCGUAUAGGAGAGACGACGGCGUUGGAAUGCUUGAAGAAAUUCUGCAAGGCCGUCGUUCGUAUCUUUAGUGGCACGUAUUUGAGGCGGCCAACAGCCGCCGAUGUGCAAUGCAUCACUGCACAACACGAAGCCCGCCAUGGGUUCCCGGGAAUGUUGGGGAGCCUAGACUGCAUGCAUUGGAGAUGGAAGAAUUGCCCCGUGGCUUGGCACGGCGCCUACACUCGAGGGGAUCAAGGCAAGCCAACAAUUAUAUUACAGGCCGUUGCUUCACAAGAUUUGUGGAUCUGGCAUGCAUUCUUUGGAAUCGCUGGGUCCAACAACGACAUCAACGUGCUCCACCAGUCCACGCUAUUUAACGAUGUUUUAGCGGGGCAUGAAGCGGCUGUGCACUUCCUCGCCAACAAUUCUCACCACACUCGAGGAUACUACUUAACAGACGGCAUCUAUCCGGACUGGCCAGUGUUCGUGAAGAGCUUUCAGUUUCUGAACGAUGAGAAGAAGCGGAGGUUCAAGGUGAUGCAAGAAGCUGCAAGGAAGGAUGUGGAACGAGCUUUCGGCGUUCUUCAGGCUCGGUGGGGUAUAAUCAAAGGACCGUCGCGUUUGUGGAAGGCGGAGCAAAUGAGUAUGAUCAUGUUUGCAUGCAUCAUAUUGCACAACAUGAUCAUUGAGGAUGAAGGUGGAAAUGCAAGUAAUUUUGACGGUGACGACGGCGAGGGACCAAGUUCUACUCCUCAAACACAAUUCAAUUCCGGAGCACCACCGGAGUUCGCCGCCUAUUUGGCACGGAAUGCAAGCUUGAAGGAUGCACGAUUGCAUGCUCGCCUCCGCGAUGAUUUGGUUGAGCAUAUAUGGGCACGCUUUGGUCCGGUUGACCCGUAG